AUGCAUUUCAUGAAAAUGAUUCAACUAAAAGAUGUCGUUGUGGGCUUCUUGGUCUUACUAGGCUUAAGCUUUAGUUUUGCUCACAGGGUUCUACUGGACUCCACUUCUGAUCAACAUUCGCUGCAACAAGAUAAAGCUGUUGGUCUAAAAUGGGGAGAUGCCGCGGGAAAAGGUAUUGGCAUUAGUAGUAGUAAUACUGGCUCUGGCUCAAAUGGAGGCUCGGACAGUAGAAUUGGUAAUGGGGUUGGGUCUAGGAAAUCUAGUGGGGAUAGCUCAGGUGUAAGUGAUAGUGGUGGAGACAGAGAUGGAGGUAACGUCCAAGCAAUGCCACGUCCAAAUGGUGUUGGAGGUGGCUUAGGAGGCGGAAUAAUAUUUAGUCAUUUCCCAAGACUACCUAUUUACUAUAUUCCAGUAAGUAGUCUUCCUGGUGCUGGCGGUGGCAGCGGCGGUGGAGGAGGAGGCGGAGGCGGCGGGGGAAGAACGGGUGGUUACAAUGUCCCAGGGGCACUUAGUGCAGUUGGUGGAGGCGACGGUGACGGGGGUAGCACGGGUGGUUACAAUUUCCCAUGGCCAUUUAGUUCAGGUGGUUGGGGCGGCGGCGGCGGCGGCGGCGGCGGCUUUGCAUCCGGAAUUCCUCUACCCUACACGGAGACUUGUCCCCUAGAAUGUAUCACAAGUGGUUGGAGAGCGAGCAGGAGUCUUGCACCAUAA